UCCUCCUCCUCUCUCCUUAUUUCCAUAUCUCUCUGUUUGUCAUUUCCCUGAUCCAAAAUCAAGGAAAAUCAUCAGUCCCAGCUGUUGACACCAUACAAUAAUCUAAUCUCAUACACACUCUCUCUCUCUCUGGUUUUCGCUAGCGCCGACAGAUAUUCAUCCUGAAUUUGUCUCUCCUACAAUAUAAAAGACAACCCACACUAUAUACUUUCAUUUCUAAGCGUAUACAAGAAGACACAUUUUCGUCCGCCUAGCAAAACCCGCUGAAAGUUAGUUGUCGUCGAGGUUGCAGACUUGUGGUACAGACCCAAAGCGUUUUACAGAUGACUUGUUAGAACCAGGGCUUCAUUUGAUUUGCUAUGGCGGCGGCGGUGACGUCGCCGGAAGCCCAUCACAGCUGGGUAGACUCUUACAAGGGAAUGUCCGCUGACAACAUCAAGGGUUUGGUGUUGGCAUUGUCUUCUAGCUUAUUUAUUGGCGCAAGCUUCAUUGUGAAGAAAAAAGGGUUGAAAAAGGCUGGCGCUUGUGGAAUUAGGGCAGGUGUUGGAGGCUACUCAUACUUAUUUGAACCAUUAUGGUGGAUUGGCAUGAUCACAAUGAUUGUUGGAGAAAUUGCUAAUUUUGCGGCUUAUGCAUUUGCACCUGCUAUAUUGGUAACUCCACUAGGUGCACUUAGCAUUAUAAUCAGUGCUUCACUUGCUCAUGUUAUGUUAAAGGAAAAGCUACACAUCUUUGGGAUUCUUGGUUGUGUUCUCUGUGUGGUGGGUUCUACUACAAUUGUUCUACAUGCCCCUCAAGAACGCACCAUUGAAUCGGUCACAGAAGUAUGGGAUCUUGCAACAGAGCCGGGUUUUCUUCUCUAUGCUACUAUCGUGCUGACAACUGUUUUUGUACUCAUAUUCCACUAUAUCCCUCAAUAUGGACAAACUCAUAUAAUGUUCUACAUUGGAGUUUGUUCAUUGGUUGGUUCUUUGUCUGUGAUGAGUGUUAAAGCUCUAGGAAUUGCCUUGAAGCUGACCUUAUCAGGAACGAAUCAGCUAAUAUAUCCCCAAACAUGGGCCUUUGCCAUUGUUGUUGCUACUUGUGUGAUUACCCAAAUGAAUUAUCUGAAUAAGGCUCUAGACACGUUCAACACAGCCGUUGUGUCUCCUAUUUACUAUGUUAUGUUUACAUCUCUAACCAUUCUAGCCAGUGUGAUCAUGUUCAAGGAUUGGGAUAGACAAAACCCCACCCAAAUCGUGACAGAAAUGUGCGGAUUUGUGACAAUCCUGUCUGGAACAUUUCUUCUCCACAAAACUAAGGACCUGGGAGACGGACUGAGCACGUCUCCAUCCAUGAGACUUCCGAAGUAUGCAGAUGAGGAUGCUUUUUUGCAAGAAGGUAUUCCACUUAAACGACAGGAUUCCUUGAGAUCGCCUUGAUACUAAAGAGAAAGUAGAAAAAGCAUUCAUUUGAGAGAUGGGAAGGUACUCCGGCUUCUUAUUUUUUUGUAUGUAAUUUUCUUUGUUUUUUCCUUCCUUUCCCUUGUGAUUCAAACGAGAGAGACAUGUCUUGAAGGCGACACAUUUCCAUGCGAUACAAGAGAAGACAAAGGGUGAUGUCCCAAAUAUGUUAGUGUAUAGGGAAUAUGAUUAAUCAUUUUGGAAGGAAUAGUCUUAUUCAUGAUUUUAUUAGAUCAGCAUAUAGUUGUUUGAAAUCCAGUUUCUUUUAAUAGUAAAAUGAAAAAACAAGACCAAUUGUAAUUUUUCAUGUUUUUUUUCUUUGUUAGU